AACAGCAACUGAACUGUCAAGUGUCACAAGCACAAGUCACAACGUAAAACGUAAACAAAUGUGAAAUUUUAUAAUUCAUAUUAUUUCUAAUCUAAAAUAAUUAUUUGCAGAUUUGGUGUAGAAUUAAAUUGAAAGGCGAUGAAUUAAAGUUUCAGAAUGAGUGCAUUAUUUAAUUUCCAAAGUCUACUUUGUGUAAUAUUACUUUUAAUAUGUACCUGUGCUUACUUGAGGUCCUUCUUCCCGAGUAUCAUGGACCGAAACAAGACUGGACUCCUUGGAACGUUCUGGAAAUGUGCUAGAAUUGGUGAAAGAAAAUCUCCAUAUGUGGCUGCAUGUUGCGUUAUCAUGGCUUUUAGUAUAUUGUUUUUAACUUAAUAUAUAUUAAUAUAACUAUUCUAUAAUGUAUAAUAAUGUUAAAAGUCUAAUUUGAUGUAUAAAUAAAAAACAUAUGCACUUUUAUAUUUCUUUAUUCAUAUGAAUCAUGAUUUCUAGCACAGAUAAAAAUUUAAUGAAAAAACAGUACAUACUAGGAUUAGAAUAUAUAAAAAGAUCAAAACAGUCACAAAAUACAACACUAAUCAAUACAAUAAAAAAGUAACAUUUUACAAAAUUGAUAAAA